CAACAUCGAUAGACGGGGAAACAUCACUCUGAGGUACUACACCGGAAGUGGUGGACGGGAUGCUCGAAGCCGAAGGUACAACACCGGCAGUACCGAUGGACGGGAAGCUCGAAGUCGAAGGUACAACACCGGCAGUACCGAUGGACGGGAAGCUCGAAGUCGAAGGUACAACACCGGCAGUACCGAUGGACGGGAAGCUCGAACUCGGACCGUACCCUGCACCCGAUCCUGAAAAUUGAGAAGGGGGAGGGGGGUUUUGGGCGAAAAGGCCAGUGCCAACGCCAGGCGGAGACGCUUGGCGGACAACGGGGGGAGGGACAACGGUAGAGGGGAUUACAUCACCGUCGCGGUACGAGGGGGGCAAGCGGGUGGCCGAUAGAGAGCAUCCGAUAUCCGAAUAUGCGAAACUAAGCCGACCGCCGAAAAGGUGCACACCCCUCUCAUCCAACACUAUCCUGUGCUUUUUCUGCGUUUGGUGCAGGGAGAACAAGUUGAACGAAAUUCCUGGCACCACGUACACGUCUGUCAAUUGGGCACAAAAAUCCACUUCUCCCGAGCGGCCUCCUGCCAUAUGGAAUGCCAGAUUGACACUACCGACACACUCCACGCGCAAAUGAGCACCAUUGCCUACUCUGAUGUAUUCUUUGCCGGGGGGAACAGGCGAGAUGUUGUACAUUUUGGAGCUGUUACUCACAAAAUGGUUGCUUGCACCGCUAUCCGACCAAAAUACCUCCCUACCAGGACUGUAAUCGCAACUCUGGGCAGACAAAGCAAAACCAAGAUCACCACAUGCGACACUGCCUACAUCACUCGAAACCGAAAGCGAACUCAUCUCGUCAGCGGACACAAAGUGUGCCAUCAGGGAGUGCAGAUGCCCAGGCGGAAAAGCUGCUGCUCCGGGAGAAGGCGACUGGGGCGGGGCAUGGGUGAAGUGUUGCCGCUGCUGCUGCUGCUGCUGCGGCUGAAACGACGGCGGUCGCGGAGGCUGCGGUGGUGGCUGCUGCUGCUGGUAGUACGACGUCGGAGGCGGGUGGUACGGCUGUUGCUGGUAAUAGUCUGGCGAAGGCUGGUGCUGCUGGUGCUGCUGCUGGUGCUGCUGUUGUUGCUCCCACCCCCCAUACUCGCUACCAUACGCGGGCCCCCCGUAGGGCAUAGCACUAUACGCAUGCGUCACAUUUGCAUGCCCGUACGGAGGCCGCCACGGCGGCUGUGGCGGACGAGGGGGAGCUGCAUACCUGUGCUGAUGCUGUCCUCCGUAGCCGCUGUGAGGUCCGUGCUGAGGCCCGCCGCCCCAGCCCCCCCCACUGCUGUAGCUCGGCUGCUGCUGCGGCGGUCCAUGAAGUUGCUGUUGCUGGGGAUGCUGCUGUUGAGGCUGCUGUGGCUGAUGCUGCUGUUGCUGAGGCUGCUGUUGCUCCUGUUUCUUCUGACGGUCGCGUUGAGUGCGGCACUGGGCGUUGGUGUGGGACAAGUGCGGAUGUAGGUAGCAGUGGUCGCUGUCGGCUCCGCUCUCUCCUGCUUUCUUGUUUCCUCUCCCUCUGCUCCUGCUCCGACUCCGGGCGCCUCCGUCUCCGUCCUGUCCCCCGCCGUUUCCACUCGACCCAUUUUGGACACGUCCAUCGCCCCGGAUACCACCGGAAGCGACGAACGCGUGCCCCGCGCCAUUCUUUGGUUCCUCCUCCCGACGGCGAAGCAAUUCCGCAUGGGCAUCUCGUACACCCUUUUCGAUUUUUUCGCGCGAGGGGGGAAUCGGUGACAUAGUCAGAAUUUUCUUUUCCAUCGUGUACUCGUCGGAAAGGUGGUACACCAUGUGGGCAUUGGCAUCUUCGUCGGAGAAAGUAACACCGUGCGAGGCUAGCCUACUGCGCAAAACAGCAAAUCUCCCGAAGUAUUCUUGGGGGGUCUCGCCUACUUUCAUCUCAAGACCGUGGUAUUGGGAUGACAGUCUUUCCUUCUCCGCUCUGGCACGCGGCUCGUAAUAGUUCAAGAAAAUUUUCCAACCUCCGCUUGGACUACCAUCAGCGAUGAUCUGGGUAAGGAUUGGCAUGUAUGUUACAGACGUGAUCAGCAGGUUCCACGCCGUAAUUGCCUUCUCUACGCUAUCAGGCGAGUGCAUCCUAUGCAAUUCCUCCAUGUCUAUUCCUUCUAGCCCGACUGGAAUUCUGUGGUCACUCAAUACCACUUCCCUGACUCCUUCUUGCGCAAACAUAGCAAUCAUGUUCGAUCGAAAAAUCAAAAAUCUUGCCUGCUCAUCUUCCCCUUGCCUAAAAAUCCCAUCCCAAGGCGCUAGGCGCUUAACCUCAGUCAGGCGAAUACUUCCUCCUGUAUUGGGUACUCUACCGCUGUCCCGUGGUGAUAUCUGCAGGCGGCUGGUCAGGGCGUCGGCGAGAGUGCGGGCGAUGUCAUCUACGGCCGGGUUCGCCGAUGGCCGCCCCGCUUGUUGCUGGUGGCGUGCCUCGUGCUCGCUUCCGGUCCGGACGUUCUCUGUCCUCUGCUCCUCCUCGUCUUGUUGCCGUCUUAUGUCGGCCAGUCGUUGUUGUACCCUCAUCUCCACCAACUCGUUGAUGCGGGCGUCCUCGUCUUCUGCGUGACGGGCGCCUCGUUCUUGGUCGGCGCUGGACAUCGGUGACAGCUGCUGAUCGCCGCAAAGCGAUACUCCAAACUAAGCUCGACGCGAAUCUCGUAGACGACGUGUCAUACGCUAGCGUGAUCGAUAAUUCGGGUGGCUCAGUUGUGUGCGAUGGGAGUGUAGAGCAGCUCGGCCAUGACGGGCCGUAGGGGUAGGUAAAGUCGUACAGACGUGUUGUAUCCGUGUUGUCGUGUUGUAGUGUUGUAUUAAUCGGGGGCGUGCUCGUGCUCGUCAAACCAUCACGGUAUCGAGUCACGCCUUCAUGCUUUCUCACACAACGAAUCUCUCUGAAUCCUCACCAAAAGCCUCUCACAACCAAGGAAAAUAUGUAGAAAGUUCCUGUUCCUCCGCAUCUCAUCACUGCAAUAUUCGUACGUACGUACAUAACAUCUCAACCAUCAUACUAUGCUACGAGUAUAUCGAAUAGACGUGCUCGCAGCAGGGGAUUAACGGUGUGUCCUUCUGUCAAUGCGUCGCGUGGUAUCCUCCUAAUGUACCCCCUCCUACUGCGGAAGAAAUAAAUACGGAACAGAUAUCGGCAGAAGAUAUGAAUCCGAAAAGUUCCAAAUCAAGAUCCUGAAAACGUACCGUCCGUCUGAAUGAGCUGAAGGUAGACAACAUACGAUACAGCAGUACUGUACUACAUGAAUUAUGAUUCGCAACACAUUGGUGGUGAAAGCGGGGCACUCCUAUUUCCUUCUAAAAACGCACCACAUCAUUCUAUUGCGGCGGGGCUUGCUCUCUGGAAUCGGUCGCGGAUGGACGUGGUAUGCUCCUCUCCCCUCCCUGCUGACGCAGCUACAUGUAAUUCGGAGGAGAAAAAAUCGGUUCCUAGAUCAAAAAGGCAAGACGACACAAAGUUAGAGUUGUUACGUCCGUCCGGGGUCAAAGCGGAAAGAAAGGCGACGGUAUGCGAUAAUGCAUUAUAUUCUACUGUAUACUUCUGUGUAGAUAGGCGUAGUAUACGGGGCAAAUUUCCCUUCUCAAACGCGCAUCGCUCAACAUGGGGUGUGUCUUAUCAGGCCAAAAAAAAUACGUAUUUGGUUACGAAACCGCAUUUUCUUGAAAUAUAUGGAGGCGUUCCUCUACGUUUCCGUAAAAAGAGCAAGGCGUAUUUUUUGGGGGCUUGCUCCUUGUACUGUUCGGUGAAAAAUUUCCCGCUUUUUUGCGACUACCGGAGCAGACACCGGUCACGCGUGCUGUCUUCAUCACACCACACCUAGACAGCACCAACAACACCCCAAAGUGCUUCCCAAGGCAACUCCACUACCAUGCCUGAGCGUGGGAAGCGUCAAGAUCCCAGGGGGAUCGCAGCGCAACGCCGGGAGAAGCGCCGUCGGCGAGCUAUCGACGAGGAGGAUGUAGCCCAUGACAAGAGAUUCACAGUCUUGGGUCUUGUGAGGGCCGUAGUAGUGGCGG